AUGACGACGACGGCACUCAAGAUCGUGGCUCCCCUCGAGGCAGCUCUGCCCGAUCCUCCAGCAGGCAACUACUUCACGGAAGCACAAUGGACAACGUUGAUGGCCCUCAUGGACACGGUCAUCCCGUCCGUAAAACGCGAAUCGGUCGCCACGGGAAAAACAGACUUGAAUGAAGAGCUGAUUCCAGACAUCACGUACAACACCGCUGUUCACCACUUGAAACGGAAUAUGACAAUCGCCCCCUCGGAGGUUGAACUCGAUCAAUAUCUCGCCGAGAAACCCAGUGAUAUCCCAGAGUUCCAUGAUCUGGUCAAGAGGACCCUGAUUCAGUUCAGUAGGGAAGAUGCUCGGAAGGGUUUUGCGUUUCUGCUGAGCGCUUUGAAUACGAGGGUUGGAUCGUUGUUACUCACUUCAUCCAUCACUGCUUUCCACGAGCAACCGAUUGCGACGAGGACGCAAAUUCUCAAUUCAUGGAGGACCUCUUCGCUUCCUGCACUUCAAGCAGGUUACAAGCAACUCACUUUCGUGGCUAAGAACCUCUGGAUCAAAACUUCGCCAAAUUUCUAUCCCAUCACUGGAUUUCCGAAGGUCCCAGAUCAUUAUACACCGGGUGCACACUUCGAAUACCAGUUCGAGCAAUUUGGCCACGAGGGAUUCGAGGCUGGACGAGGUGGCAAAGAAGGGGAGUCUGAAGUCUACGAGACAGAGAUUUUGAUUGUGGGGUCCGGCUGUGGGGGAGGUGUAUGUGCCAAAAACCUCGCAGAAGCUGGUCAUCAAGUCUUGGUGGUUGACAAAUCGUACUACUUUUCUCCCAGCCAGUUGCCGAUGUCCGAAAAGGACGGGGGUAUUCAUCUCUAUGUUGAUGGUGGAGUCGUAUCUUCGGACGAUGCUUCAAUGAUUGUAAUCGCAGGGAGCAAUUGGGGAGGCGGUGGCACCAUAAAUUGGAGUGCUUCACUCCAGCCACAAUCAUUCGUCCGGAACGAGUGGUCCAAAGAUCGUGGUCUUCCUCUUUUUACUUCUCAAGACUUCCAGGAAUCGCUUGACAGGGUGUGUGGUCGAAUGGGCGUAAGCGAUAAACAUAUCCGACACAAUCACGGCAACCAAGUUUUGAUGGAAGGAGCAAGACGCCUUGGGAUGACCUACAAAGCCGUGCCACAGAAUACCGGAGGCAACGAGCACUUCUGUGGACACUGCACCCUGGGAUGUGGUGCAGCAGAGAAACAGGGGCCUGUUGUUUCCUGGCUCCCGGACGCACAACGAGCCGGAGCGAAGUUCGCUGAGGGCUUCACUGUAGAAAAAAUCCUCUUUGAAAACGUAGGUGGCAAGAAAACUGCUGUAGGAGCGAAGGGAACCUGGGUAUCUCGAAAUAAAAACGGAGGUGUAGAUGGCCUCGAUACUGAUCGGACGACCGCUUCAGUCAUCAUUCGAGCUAAGCGAGUGAUUAUUUCGGCUGGAACGCUGUGGUCUCCUGUGAUCCUCCAGAACAGUGGCUUGACUAACAAACAUAUUGGCCGCAACCUCUAUCUCCAUCCUGUCAAUACCGUCUCAGCGGUAUACCCAGAAGAUGUCCGUCCAUGGGAAGGCGGAAUCCUCACAUCCGUCGUUGGUUCUUUGGAGAAUCUGGAUCAGCACGGCCACGGGGCGAAGUUAGAAACAACUUGCAUGAUGCCGUCCUGGUGCCUGACUUUCAUGAACUGGAACAACGGACUGGACUGGAAGCUCCAAGCUCUCAAGUACCGACACAUGAACUCGUUCAUUUCCAUCGUCCGAGACCGCGACACUGGACGUGUAUACAAAGACCCUGACACUGGUUUCCCUCGAAUAGACUACACUCCGAGUGUAUUCGACCGAGCUCACGCUUUGGAAGGUGUGAUCGCUCUAGGUAGGAUCAACUUCAUAAUGGGUGCCAGCGAAGUGCAUGUUGCCAUCGCGGGAACACCGCCCUUCAUCCGCACAACUCCCGGAAAGGAGGAGACACCGGAAGAAACCGAAGUUCGAUUCGAUGCCUGGCUUGAGGAUGUGAAAAAGAGAGGUAACAAGCCCCCUGCUGGUAUCUUUGCUUCUGCACAUCAAAUGGGGACUUGCAGAAUGAGUAGACGCGCCAAUAUGGGUGUUGUUGAUAUGCGAGGCAAGGUUUGGGGAACGGAGGGGCUUUAUGUCUCUGAUGCGUCUGUGUUCCCUUCUGCCUCUGGAGUGAACCCGAUGAUUACGAAUAUGGCAAUUAGCGACUGGAUAAGUAGGCAGAUGAGCAACGACAUUGCAAAGGAGAAGAUGCCUGUUCAGGCUAGGCUACAUCCUCUCCCGCAUCGAAACUUCCACCGCUCCCCGAUUUCGCGCCAGAGCCCCGAGGACCCAGCAGCUGGACCAGCCGCGGACCCUGGGAAGGAAGGCCAGGCUCCCAAAUCUCCAGACCUCAGAGGGGACGAGGCGAAGUUCGAAAAUGGCACGGCAGAGGGCACGACGGCAUCAACAGAGGUGGGCAGUCCCGCUCCGGCCUCGAAGGUGAGGAAUCGAACAGGAGGGCGCUUACGCGGUGUUCUACGUCAGAAACCGGAAGGUCUGCCACCAGUGGUCCUGCCGAAGUGGUUCUAUGAGCAUAACAUCAAGCGUGCUGGGAGCUCAAAGGCGUUGAGCGGAUCUCUUGCUGUCUAUAGUGGGGCUCCAGCUGGUGGAGUCCAGGAAGGCGAUGACACUACCAAAUUCAAUGCCGAGAUAGCCCGGCAAUUCACAGAUAUCUCGGCAUGCGGUUUGGAGACCAAGGAUGCUGCCAAAUAUUCGAUACAGGUUGAUGUGUACAGAGAGAUUCUGGCAACCUUAAAGGCCGGCUUAGCUUUGCGGCCCCCGGAGCUUGUGGGAAACCAACCAAUCCCAAGACCUGUUACUGUAUUGCAAUGUCCCAAAGAUGGCGGAAGUUACUACCUAGAUUCUAUCGUCGAGACAGUAGCCUCAAAACUGGAGGCGGAUUUGAUACGGCUAGAUGCCCAAGAUCUUGCUCAAUUAGUUGGGUCAUAUGCAGAAGGGAAUCCGGCAUGGCAUUGGUCAAAAACCGGUCUUUUGGCAUACGAAGCUCACAAGACUGUGGGAAAACUGGAGUCGUAUGACAAGAAACUAGACUCGGAAAAGGAAGAACCCGUUAAACAGGAUGAAGAGGAAGACGACGUGCCAAAACUAGGAUUACCCAACCUCAGCGAGAUCCUGAGCCGUUCGCUAGGUCGAAAUCUUGGCAAGUUCGGGCAAACGCCCCCAGAUGCGAAUGGCAGACGCAUGAAUAUAUUUUCGGUGCAAGCAGGCAUACCGGGCAUGGGUAUGCCUUCACCAGCGUCACAAAAUUCAACCGAAAAGUGGAAUGAUCUGAAAAUGUGCGCGGUGCUCGAAGCUUUGAUUAGUGCGACCGAUUCCAGUGCUCGUGAACCUACAUCAGAUGCUGAGGUGGAAGAUCCAUCCCCAGAGAAACAAGUUAAACCACUCAUUGUGCAAGUUCGAGACUACAAGGAGAUGUCUGGCGUACCAGAAGGGUCCGAACUUCUCUACAAACUCAGAACUGCCGUCAACAAAAAAUGGCAGGCUGGAAGAGACAUCAUCCUUGUGGGAACGACUGUUCAGCCAGAUGAUCCACUUUCAGGCCUUUCUAGACCAGACAUACAACAUCUCCAAUCGGAUAUCGUGAAUGGCGAACAGCGCACGAUUUUCGUACCUCCUGAACGUAGAGAACAUCAAGAUACUGCUCUUGAGAAAGAUGAAAAGGCCCGCUUGCGCAGCAUCAAUAUUAGAAAUAUUGAAGAAAUGAUCUUGAAUCUCACUGAAGGCACUGACCAUUUAGUUCGUGAGCUUGACAUCGAGAAAGAUCUCGACAGCGCCACGGUCUUUUCUUCGGGGUUGGAAGAGGCAGUGUGGACCUACGCUCGCGUUCACCGCACUGCGAUGACUAUUCUGGGAUCUCUUGAGACACCAUCCAGUAUAUAUGACGGGAAUACCUUCAGCAAAGCUUUAACGCUUCUUUCAGCGAGCGACAACCACAAAUUUGCUUGGGGGGCUGCUGAACUAAAGGAGGAAGACCCCGACUUGGAAGUGACCUUAGACGAGAACGAGACUUUCACUGCGGAAAAAAAUAAAGGGAAAGCUAAGCUGAGGGAGCUCCGAAAGAAGUGUAAUCAACAAGAGUCCAAGCUUCUUAGCGGAGUGGUUCUCCCAUCUGAGAUCCGUACCACCUUUGCGGAUAUCCGAGCUCCCAAGGAAACAGUGGAGGCUCUCAAGACACUCACGAGUCUUUCACUCUUGCGGCCAGAAGCUUUCUCCUAUGGUGUCCUUGCGACUGACAAGAUCCCCGGAGUACUCCUGUACGGGCCUCCUGGAACGGGAAAAACUCUUCUCGCAAAGGCAGUGGCAAAAGAGAGCGGCGCCACGGUCCUUGAAGUCACAGCCGCGGACCUAAACGACAUGUUCGUAGGGCAAGGCGAGAAGAACGUCCGCGCAGUCUUUACGCUAGCCAAGAAACUCUCACCAUGUGUCGUCUUCAUUGACGAAGCCGAUGCUAUCUUCUCCGCUCGAGGCGAGCACAACCGCAACGCCCACCGCGAGAUGAUCAAUCAGUUCCUCCGCGAAUGGGACGGUAUGAACGACUUCUCAGCCUUCAUAAUGGUAGCCACCAACCGCCCCUUUGACCUCGACGAAGCUGUUCUCCGUCGUCUUCCUCGCCGCCUGCUCGUCGAUCUUCCUGUGGAGAAGGACCGCGAAGAAAUUCUCAAGAUCCACCUGAAAGAUGAGAUUCUUGACGACUCCGUCUCCUUGAGCAAGCUCGCCGCCGAUACCCCCUUCUACUCCGGCUCGGAUCUCAAGAAUCUGUCAGUGGCAGCAGCGCUCGCCUGUAUCCGCGAAGAGAACGCCGAAGCGGCCAAACACACCGGCGAGGAGAAGUACGUCUACCCGGAGAAGCGCACGCUGACGAAAGCGCAUUUCGACAAAGCGAGUGAGGAGAUCAGCGCAUCAAUCAGCGAGGACAUGAGCACAUUGACCGCGAUCCGCAAGUUCGAUGAGAAAUACGGUGAUCGCAAGGGCCGCAAGAAAAAGGGUCCUGGGUUGGGCUUUGGAGGAACAAAGUUGGAGGAGAAGGACUCGGAAGCUGCGAGGGUGCGGAAGAUGGGGUUGUAG